UGCUGGUUGGCGCCCCUCUGGCCGCUCGGGCUACCGUCUUAAACCCCGAAUUUGUACCCAGCAAGGCUCUCGUUCGUGCCUAGGUGUUACCAGCCGAUAGUUUUGGGUUUUAAUGGAAAGAGGGUAAGGCUGCAGGGAAGAGAUGGCAGAGCCGGCCCCCGAGGCAGCUGGCUUCGCCCAGGACCUGUUCUCGCCUCUCCAGUUCUGCGAGGUGGUUCAGGAGGGCCAGGGCAGCCACCACCAUGUCAAGGACGAACCCCGGCCUCAGCAGCAGGGCCAGCUGGGGACGCCACACUCCUCGGCCCCCGUCACGUCCAUGGUCAAUUUGUCGGGAGUGACAACCACCGUUCCGUCGACGGCUAGUACUCAGCACUUGCACAUUCAAGCACAAACUUCCAUGGCCCAGAUGGUGCAGCAACAUCAACAACAGCAGCAUGUGCAGCAGCAUCCACAUGUACAGCAGCAGCAACAACAGACGUUAUCACAGUCUCAGUUGAUGCAACAACAAUUGAGUGUUCAGCAGCAAGCGCAGUCAAUAGCACAGCGUCAGAUGAUGCAGCAUCAACAACAGCAAGCCCAACAACAGGUUCAACAAGCUGCCCACCAGGCACAGCAGCAGGUUGCUCAACAGCAGGCCCAGCAGCAAGCUCAGCAGCAAGCCCAGCAGCAGGCUCAGCAGCAAGCUCAGCAGCAAGCCCAAGUUCAGCAGCAAGUUCAGCAGCAGGUUCAACAGCAAGCCCAGGUUCAACAGCAAGUACAGCAACAAGUUCAGCAGCAAGCUCAGCAGCAGGUUCAACAGCAAGCCCAAGUUCAGCAGCAAGUUCAGCAGCAAGUUCAGCAGCAAGCCCAAGUUCAACAGCAAGUACAGCAGCAAGUUCAGCAGCAGGUUCAACAGCAAGCCCAAGUUCAACAGCAAGUUCAACAACAAGCCCAGGUUCAGCAGCAAGUUCAGCAGCAAUCCCAGGUUCAGCAGCAAGUUCAGCAGCAAUCCCAGGUUCAGCAGCAGGUUCAACAGCAAGCCCAAGUUCAGCAGCAAGUUCAACAGCAGGUACAGCAACAGGUGCAGCAGGUUCAACAACAAACUCAGCAGCAAGUGCAACAACAGCCUCAGCCAUCAACACAGCAAAUGAUGCAAUCUCAGCAACAGACACCAAAGCAGCAACAAUUGCAGCAGCAGCAACAGCCUGGGCAACAGCAAGUGCAGCCAAGUCAGCCACAGCAGCAGGUGCAAAUGGCCCAGCCUGCAGUGAAUAAUGUACAGCUUGUAAAUGGCCUUCAAAUGCCAGUUGCAGUGCAGCACCCUAACACUGCAAAGACGCCACCCUCAUCUGGCGUAACUCCCGGUGCGGCGACUGCCUCCCCACCUCUGAUUGUGUUUACGGGCAUUGUCACCAGCGAAGGAGUGCCUGUCAACAAUGUGCCUACCUCUUCGACAAAUGCAGCUAAUGGAACCACGAGUGGGACUAGUAGUUCAGAUGUGAAACCCGUCCCCGUGAAACGUACGUGGCGACGGCCCUGGAAGAAGAAGAAGGAGCGAGAAAAGAAGCAGCCGGUGAAGAAGGCCCGUAGAGUGAAAAGGAAGCGGGUGGUCGUCCCAAAAAAGAACAUCAUCCACAUAGAUCCGAGGAAUGGACCUGUGAUUGACACAACAGUUACACAGAUCAAGAGGGAAUCGGAGGAAGCCAUAAACCAGUUGAAACAAAAGCGACAGCGUAUAAAGCUGAACAGAAAUUCUGGAAGGGAAUAUGUGAAUCGUUUAGGGAAGGUGGUUGGGGCACGGAUGAUUGGUUCACCUUGCAACUGCCCUCUCAAGUGCUGGGAGCGAAUGGGUUCAAAGAUUUUAGAAAUUUUCAAUAAUUUCUGGGAUCUGAGUGACUUUAAUCUCCAAAAUUCAUACCUUUUCACGUGUCUCAAGCUGUGUGAUGUCAAGCGUCGUUACACCAAGAAGGUAAAUCCUGCAGAGGAAUCCCGAAGACAAAACACUUUUGAGUACUUCGUUCGUAUUAGUGGCAAGCACUUGAGAGUUUGUAAAAGAGCUUUCAUGAGCUCACACGGACUUACCAGUGACAAGAGACUACGAACUUUAUUUCAUCAAAUGAAGGAUGGAGCUUUAGUGCCAGAGCCAGAUAGAAGAGGCAAGCAUCUACGACCUGCAAAAUCUCCGAAUCAGAUGAGUCCAACUCAAACCAUAGAACAGUGCCAGGGGAGCAACAAAGCGAAGAAACCCCGCACUGUUAAGAAGAAGCAGAAUAAUAAACAAGAAAACAAGCCAAUGUAUACCCCUCCUCCACCUCCCAUGGGUCACAUCCACCCUCACUGUACUCCUCCUCCACCUCCGGCACACACCGCUGCAAUGCAGGAGCCUCCGCACGCCUACAUCCCCAACGGUGAUAUUUACUUCCCAGGCCACUAUCUAGAGCCGCACCAGUCAAUGGCUCCCCCACCCAUGAACCAGAUUCCCUCUUGCCAAAAGAUGUUGGAAGCUCCUGCCUACUUCAUGGCCGGUAUGAAAGAAAACACCUUCCAUCAGUGACUAGAGUAAGCCUUCCACUGCUGAGUUCACCAUAUAGUUUUUUUAUUUUUUUUAUUUUUUUUAUUUUUUUCAUUUUUUAUUUAAUUAUUUAUUUUUUAACCUGUAAGAGAGUUUGUUUUUAUGGAUUCGUAUUCGAAUUCCGUUUUUUUUUUUUUUUUUUUUUUUUUUUUUUUUUUUUCAGCGCCCAAGUAGACUGUUUUUAUGCGAGAUUUUGUUUGUAUAAAGCUGAUUUUAUUUGUAGUCAUAGAAAAAAUAGAUGAUUUUGGUGUGGAAGGUGUGUCAUGAAUAUUUCUGCGGCAGCUAGAUUUCUUUUUUCAUUUUGGUAGAAUGUUUUAAUAUCGGUGUUUAUAUUAUACUCUUAUAAAUUUUAUUUUUGUGAUUGUUAGCAUUAGUAUGAUGGGUAUUACUAUGUUUUUGUUUUUUGAUUAUCAGUAAAUAUGUAAUGUUCUCGGUAUUACUAGUAAUGAUGAUAAUGAGAACUGGGUUGAAUAUUAUCAGGGCAUUUGUUAAUAUUAUUAUCUAUUAGAUGUAUAAAUUUCAACAUGUUAGUUGGAAGACAUUGAAACUCAUAGAUUUCAGAAUCUAUUGCUUAAACUUGUGUAAUAUGGAUAAAUUACAGUUCCAUUUGCUUGUAAAGAACAGGUACUGAACAUUCCAGUAUUCUUAGUAAUAUCAAAAAGAUAAAAUAUUCUAAUUUGUCUUUCUUAUAGUUCUGAUUUUGGUUGCUAUUUAUAAGCUAGAAGCUAGUCUAACCAGAUAACUGCAUUUGUCUUAGAUAUUGAGGGCUCAGGGAGGGUUAUAUUGCAGUGUUUCAUGCCAAGAAAGUAAUGUCCAUUUUUAGAAGACGGCAGCUGUCAUACCUGAUUUUGACAGAUUUUUUACUUUGGUGAUGAUGUUUCACUCAAAUUUUUGAGUUGGGCUUUAUACAAGGACUAAAGAAGUAGCAAAUAUCAAAUAUUUCAGCAUCAGAGGAGCAUGAGUGCUCUCUAGAAGGGAAAUUUUGCUGACAAAAACCUUAUGAUAUUCAUAUGUAUGUAUAUAUCACAAUAUUGCUUCAUAGCUUAAUACUAAUUGAUGCCAAAAUAGUAUUUGAAUGCUCUGAUCUCUUAAAAAUCAUUAUCAUCCUAAAACUUUUACUUAAGCAACAAUAGGUGUUAACUUGUUGAUGCUGGGAGUGUGUAUGAAUGCAAGUAUUGUCCACUGAGGUUUUAUUUUAUAAAGUUUGUUUACAAAUAGAUGGAUUCACAAGCAUUUAGUCCCUAAGCAGUCAGUUACUAGUUACUUUAUUCUUAUUAUCAUUGUUGAUAGUAUUCUACUACUACUACUACUACUACUACUACUACUACUACUACUACUACUACUACUACUACUACUACUACUACUACUACUACUACUACUACUACUACUACUACUACUACUACUACUACUAUUACUACUACUACUACUACUACUACUACUACUACUAUUACUACUACUACUACUACUACUACUACUACUACUACUACUACUACUACUGUUAGUAGUGAUAAUUAAAGUACUAGAAACCACUUUUUAUCUUUUUUCUGGGAAAAUGAAGGGAUAGGGUAAACAGGUGAGUUUAUGUAAGCCCUUUAAUUGGUGGGUGGGUGCUUCUGUAGCCUUCUUUAUGUAAGCAAAAUUAAUAAAUGAAAACCACAGUGGACAGUACAUGUGCCCGCCGUCAGUGGGUUAAGAUUCAGGUAUCAGAGAUGUUAUUAUUCCAAGAUAUGAUAAGGACUUGUCAUAAAUGAACUUGUUUGCAAAGUUCAGCACAAUUAAAUUUAUCCCUGUGAUAGCCAUUUCAAGGUUGUAAUAGGUUAAAUUCAAGAGUAUGUAUUUUCAUGCAGAUGUGUUU